CAAGGUUUUAUCUUGAGAAGAUAAAAUGUUGUACUUCAGCUGAACACGAAGCAUGCAAAAAAUUUUCUAUUCCAAUUAUUUACAAUAGUAAUUAUUAAAAUUUAAUAUACUUCGUUCCAGAGUAAAGUUAUACAUAACUGAAAAUUUUACAUAUUCGUAUUAAUUAAAUAUUUAAAUUUGUACAUGUGAUUUCGUGUUAAUAAGUAUAACAUUAAUUUGAACGAUGAUUAGCAUGUGGAAUAAAGUGACAAUUGCACUUAUAACGUGCAUCCUCCUCCUUGAAUCCAGCCAAAGUCUCCUUCUCAGAGAUAAGUUAGGUCCAAAAUCGAGAACAACAGUAAGAUUGGAUGGAUGGAAGCUUAUUCCGACACGAAAUGGGAAACAAUUAUGGUCGGAUCAAUAUCACUGGCCGAUUUUGAUUUCGAACUCUCCAUGCGAACAAGAUUGUCGUUGCCCGGCCUGGCGAAUUCGACCCGUUUGUGGCUCAGACGGAGUCACUUACAGAAAUCACUGUUACCUUCACUGUGCCAGAGUUUGCACCGGAAUACGUAUCCAGAUUGUUCAUGAGUUCCAGUGCUAUAGACCACAACGCCCCUGGAUUCCAGACAGUAGUCCACCAGCUAAAUCACCUACAAACAUAGGAUGGGGUUGGAUUCCCCGGUAAAACUGGAAGAACGUAUUAAUUUUUUGGUAUUACCGAGCCACCGUUUGGUAUGGAAAUUAUACCGGGCCGUCAAAUUUGUUAUCGAUAUGGGAAAACUUUAACACCGGACUGAUACCACAAGGCCUUAAAUACUUAUGUAUGGUAGACUAAUAUGCGAAUAUUACUUGGUAUUAUUUCAAUACCGGAUUUUUAAGGGUGCAUACAUAUGCAAUCAAUAUAACAGCAUCGUUUAAAUUGUUAUGUAAAAAUGAGAAAGAUUUUAUUUAGCAUUUUUGGUGACAUGUGUAUUACAGUUUUUAAUAAAACUACUGCUUAAUAAAGUAAGGUGCUUAAAUCUGUGUAAAUCAAACCAAAUUUGUAUGUAGAUAAGUCAUAUUUGCAAAAGUAAUAAACCAGCUUCUGUUUGCUUUAGUAAAACA